AUGGUGGUGAUGUUCGUCGUGGCAAAGGCAGACCCUCCAACACUGCCGCCACCAAUCCUAAUGACGUUGAUGAACGCGCUGACUCUAAUAAUGACAGAAAAACGACUGGGUUUUGAAGAGAGAAAACGUAUCAUAAAGUGCUACUGGAAGCAGGAAAACAUCACGGAAGCGCAAAGACAAUUUAGACGGCAUUUUCACGAAGAUCCACCGACGCGACGCACCACUGCUCUCAUCCCAGGUAAGUGCAAAUCAGCUGUAACUGUGCAUGACGCCCAUAAGGAGCCUUCCAGAAAAACAAUUGCUGGAAACUCCCAACCGAUCCCCACAGACAAAUCGCUCGUGAGACAGCUAAGAGAUCUUAUUUUCAGUAAAGUGUAUCUCUGCAGCAGUGGUGUUGCUUAUAUCAGAAUCGCCCGCUCUAGAUUAAAUUUCCAAAGCCUUAUAAUUCACACCUUCCCCGCGGCAAUUGGCCUUCCCACUGUCCCAUGGCCACAGCUGCCCAACUGGCCUUCCUGCCGUCCCUGUGGCCACAGCUGCCCAACUGGCCUUCCUGCCGUCCCUGUGGCCACAGCUGCCCAACUGGCCUUCCUGCCGUCCCUGUGGCCACAGCUGCCCAACCGGCCUCCCCGCCGUUGCCGCGGCCCCAGCUUCCCAACUGGCCUUCCUGCCGUCCCUGUGGCCACAGCUGCCCAACCAGCCUCCCCGCCGUUGCCGCGGCACCCAGUUUUCCCAAACCGAUCCCCUUCAGUCCCCGCAGCCCCAGCUGCCCAACCGGCCUCCCCACUAUCCCCGUGGCCCCCGCUGCCCAACCGCCUCCCCGCUGUCCCCCAUGGCCCAGGCGGCUGUCCAACCAGCCUCUCUCCUGUCCCAGCAGCUCCAGCAGCCCAACUGGCCCCCCAUUGCCCUCCUCCCCGCGGCCCCAGCUGCCCAAUCGGCCAGCUGCCCAAUCGGCCCCCCACGUCUCAGCGGCCACAACUACUAAACUGGCCUCACCACCGUCCUUGCGGCCAACCAGCCCCCGCCAUCCCCGCUGCCCCGGUUGCCCAACUGGCCUCCCCACCAUCCCUGUGGACCCAGUGGCCCAACUGGCCCCCUGCCAUGCCUGUGGCCCCAGCUGCUCAACCCGCCUCCCGCCGUCCACGCAGCCCAGGCUGCCCAACCAGCCAUCCCUGUGGCCCCAAACUACCCAACCGGCCUCCCCGCCGUCCCCAUGGCCCCAGCUGUGCCCACCACCCCCCCUCCACCACCAUCCCUGGAGUUCCUAGCUGCCCAAACGGCCUCCCCGCCGUCCCAUGA